UAUAAUCUAGUGGACGGUUCUUCAGAAACAGCUCGUCAUUCACCUCGGUAGCUUGCUAGCUAACAUAGCCGAAAGAUUCAAGCUAUUUAUACACUUUCGGUGUAUAUUAGCUACUGUGUUUUAGACACACUUCUGUCGUAUCAACUUGUUAACCUAUUUAAUGUAAUAUUACGUUAUUUUUUAUUAGUCAGCUCCAGUAGCUGGCUGGUUAAAUUAGCACUAGCCUAGUCGCUAAUGAUAGAUAGCUAACAUCCCCGAACAUGAGGUCAGUAAGCUUCUCCCCUCCUGCUAAAGAAGAGGCGGUCUGCUGGAUGGGGAAAGAGGGUCUGUGGCAGAACAUUGUUGUGAAAGAGGAGAAGGAAGGUGAGGCUGUUACAUUGAAAGAAGAAGAGAAAGAAGUUUCAGUGAAAGUAGAGGAAGAGGAGGAUGCCGUUUUUGGUGUGGAGGAGGGGGAGAUUACUGUCACAUUGGAGGAAGAAGAGGAGAUUGGAGAUCCGUUUAACCCCAGAGAGAGACGGGACUAUUGUGGAUCCUCUGGGGAGCCUCAACAACAUCACGAUGCUGACAGGGCAGAGAAGAGUUUCUCCACAUCAGAACACCUGCGGAGAUCCACAAGGAAGAGACCUCACUGCUGUUCUGAUUGUGGGAAGAGAUUCACCUCAUCAACAGGCAUUAAAAUUCAUCAGAUAAUCCACACAGGAUUACAGAAACUUUAUAGCUGUAAUCAAUGUGGGAAGAGUUGUACUCAGCUAAGCAGCCUGAUAUUACACCAGAGAAAACACACAGGAAAGAAAUUGUAUAGCUGUGAUGAAUGUGGGAAGAGUUUUACUCCGCUAAGCAGCCUGAUAUUACACCAGAGAACACACACAAGAGAAACCUUAUAGCUGUGAUCAAUGUGGGAAGAGUUUUACUAUAUCUAGUGUGCGGACUAGACACCAAAGAGAACACACACACAGGAGAAAAACCUCAUAGCUGUAAUCAAUGUGGGAAGAGAUACUCUGAUAAUAGAUAUCUGAUUAAACAUCAGAAAAUACAUGGAGUUGUUUCAUGAUAUCAGUGAAAUGUCACAAUGUAGAAUGUUUUAACAUUGUAGAAGGAGUAUUUUAAUAAUGUCACAAUGUAUAAUGUUUUAACAUUGUAGAAGGAGUAUUUUAAUAAUGUCACAUUGUAGAAGCCUAAACAUUUGCCCCCUUAUCAAAUUAUUUCAGCAUGAUAUGGAUAUUAGCCUCGGGAAAAAUCCAGGCUCUGAAUUGAGAGAGUAUUAUUUAUGAAAUGGAAGAGUACUAUUUAUGAGAUUCAACAAAAAAGUGACUAACAAGAAAAUAGUUGUGUUACACUUACCACGUUGGUGACGCACUUGAAUCAAAAUGCAACACUUCAAAAUGUAGCUAGCUGUUUUCUACAAAUUGUCGUCUAACCAGGGAUGUACAAAUUAUUCCCAGUUUCCGUGUGGUUUUUGAGCUGUUAGUUUUAACAGUACGUGCAACCUCAUCGUCCUCCUCUCGGCACAAUUGAUUUCAACAUGAUAUCGAUGAGUGAUGACAAAUAAGUGUUGUGUUCCUUUGUUUAGCGACCCCUAAAUUUAAAUGCAUCACUCCAAAAUGUAGCUGACUGUCUUCUGCAGGUUGUCCUCUAAUCAGUGAGGUAACAGAUAUCUCCCAUUUCCAUGUGUUUUUUUAGUUGUGUUAGUUUCAACAGCACAUACAACCUGAUGGCCCCUCUAAUUGAAUUCAGUGAUUUAUUGCUACUUGUCAAAACAGUGUUUCUGGUGCUUGUGCAGUUUAUAAGGUGCUUGUUUAAAAAAUACAAGUAAUAUGAUUAUUGUGGCAGAUGUUUGUGUAUAUAGUACAUUUUACGUUUAGAUUUUCAAUUUAUCACAAACUGUUUCUGCAUUUGGACUAUUGAUUUGGACACGUUUAAACUGUGACAUUGGGGAUAUCCCACCUAGCAAAAUGUCAUUUAAAAUAAGCCUAUGCCAUAUAAGUUUGGUUUUAGUUGAAAGUGUAAAAGAACUAGUUAAUUUCAACGUACUUGCAGCUUAUACACAUGGACUCAGUAUAAUAAAUUGGUCUAUAAUCAAUUUUAUUAACAAUCCUAAUAAAUUGAGUCAUAAAUAUAAAAUAUAUUUGUUGUCCUUAGAGGAAGGUGUUACAGUCUUUGGUUUUUCCAUUUAUGUUUUGAGGUUGGACUUUAGCACGUAUAGCUCGUUAGCACGUAGGACGCACUGAUUGGUGUCACCUCGUUAGUCAGUAUGUGUUACACCUGUGCUGGCUUGUCCAUCUCGUUAGUGGGAAGGUGUUUCACCUGAGCUGGUCCAGGUUCUAUUUAAGAGUGAGUGCUCCAGUUGUCUUGAUAGAUGUGGAGAGUCAACACCUUUAGUUGCGCCACCUUUUUGGUUUGCUUCCUGUCUUUAAGUUUGGUGUGGGUUUUUCUUUUGUUUGCCUCUUCUUGGCAGAUUUGGAGGGUCUCAUGGUGGGUGUCUUUUAGGUCCCAGUUGUUGUUAUAGUCAACUUUCAGUGGACACCCCCAUAGUGUCUUUUAGAGCCCCUCCUAAAAAAACAAGCUUAUAUUUUGGGUUGGAUAUUGCAUCCAAUUAAUAUUUUAAUCAAUGGUAUUUCCUUAGAAUGUUCAUUAAUCUUUCAGUUGUUAGUCUUCUGUUUGUUGUGUACUAAAUAUUUCGGUUUAUUUUCUUUCUCUUUUUUUUUCCUGUGAAGCCAUUCUGUUGAGUCCAUGUCUGAAAUGUGCUGUAUAAAUAAAGCUUGAUUUGAUUUCAA